AUGAGGGUCACCGCUCUCCUCACUCUUCUUCCUGCCCUGGCACACUCUGCCGCCAUCGAGCGUCGCCAGCAAGGCGAUGGAGCCGCCGGUGGUGCCGAUGCGACUCAGGGCGACCUCGGCGAACGACCCCCUCCGCGAUUCCCGUUUCCCAUCACGAAGUUCCCCGUCGCCAAAGAGACCGUUGUCCUUACCUCAGCCAUGUACAUCCUUCCCGGCCAGGUCUUCGAUGGCGGCAUGAAGCGCUACGAGCGCGUUGAGGGCAGCUGCAGCGAGCAGGCCGAGGGAACCGACGCCGAUGCUGUAUUCAACCUCCUUCCCGGUUCUACCAUCCGCAAUGUCAUCAUUGGCAAGCAUCAGUCCGAGGGCAUCCACGCAUUGGGUGAUGCCUGGGUAGAGAACGUGUGGUGGGAGGAUGUUUGUGAAGAUGCCCUUACAUCGAAGGGCUUGAACACUCAACUGAGGGUCAUUGGCGGAGGAGCUCGCAAUGCGACCGACAAGAUCUUCCAGGACAACUCUUUGGGUGGAAAAUACAACAUCACCGGCUUCUACGCCGAUGGCUUCGGAACAUUUUACCAAAGCUGUGGCAAUUGCCUGAACCAGUCCAAGCGCAAUGCGACGAUUCAGAACGUUGUGGCGAUUGGAGGCAACAGAAUGGGCAUCAUCAAUCCCAACUACGGAGACGAGAUCAGAAUCAAGAACACUCAGCUGAAGGACCUCAAGGUUAUGGUCGACAAGGAGAUCGCCAACAACGUGCAAACCGUUCCCUACACGAUCGGCACCGGACCCGACGAGAAGUACGCGCUCUACAACCUGACCAGAGAUGCGAUCACCGAGUGGGACGGAACUGUCACGAAUGCCUACGAGCCUGAAGAGCCGUACGAGUGGCUCGAGACCUACUGGCCCGAUGGUUUCAACUGA